GCGUUAAUCCCACUCCAACGCCGCGGCCUUUGCAAAGACGGGGGCGUUACAGAGAGGCGGCUAAACAACUCUCUCUCUUCUCUCUCUCUCUCUUCUCUCUCUGUCUCUUCAGCAUUGACUAACGAAUUCUCAAUUCGAACCAAGACCCAUAAGUCUCCUCCCCGGGAACUUUGAUGGGUAUGUCAUGAUUCUCUGUCCCGAGCUCUUGUCUCCCUCUGAUCUCCCCAGAUCGAGACAUCCCCCAGAAUGUCGAAAAAUCGAGUCUUUCUGAUCCUCCUCCUGGUUUCGAUCCCGUGUCGCCACCGCCAAUCCGGCGCGUCCCCCGUUUGGGAGUACGGGAAGCCCUCUCGACUCCUGGAGGCGACGAAAUCUAAAGAGAGCUCGCCCGCACCCAGUCCGGGUUUGGACUCGGGCCAGAAAAGCCCGACGAACAAAUCGGACCCCGGAAGCUCCCCGGAUCCGGCUAUUGCUUCCGCCGGCGGCGACGGCGAUGGUGGCAAGUGUUCGAUUCCAGCCGAGACGUGCCGAGCUAGGGAGAAUCUGACUGCUUGCCUGCACCAUCCUGAGAAUGACUCCAAGGGGACAUUUGUUCUUGUCAAGAAUGGUGGAGAGGUUCCUCUCGAAGGGAAGAUUAUUUGCUUACCUGCAAAUAAUAACCAAACGUUUAAACUAACAAAACAGAAAACCACAGUGGUUAACGUCACAGCUGAAGUUGGAGUAUGUUCGUCCAUAACAGUAGAUGCUGGAAAUGGGCACUGCACCAUUCCUAUUUUUGCUAGAGUACCAGCAUCAGAAGGUAACAUUUUUAAACAAUUUCCUUAUAACACUCAGGUCACCCCCAUUCAUGGACUCUACCUUCUAUUGGGAAUGGUUGUUACAAUUGGAGGGGUGUGGGCAUGCUGCAAAUUUGGGAAACCAGAAAGACGGGUCGAUGGGAUUCCAUAUCAAGAGCUUGAAAUGGGGCAAGCGGAUUCAACUUCAGUUAAUGUUGUGGAAGCAGCAGAAGGUUGGGAUGAAAGUUGGGAUGAUGAUUGGGGUGAUGAGAUUAGGGAAGUGAAAUCACCGAGCCGAGGGCCAGAGGGUAAUGCAGCUAAGGCAAAUGGAUUCACAUCUCGGUCUUCCGAUAGAAAUGGCUGGGAAGACAACUGGGAUGUUUAGGAACUGGAUAGAGUCUAUGGUCCCUUUAUAUGUCUUGGAAUUGGUGGAAAAAUCAAGAACCUUGAGAAUAGAGGAAGAGAUUAUACAUGUAGAAAAUUAGGUUUAGCAUUGUGAAAAGGCAGGAAAUGUGCUGCCUUUUCUGUUUUUGGCUUUCCAGUACUUGUGAAUUUUUACUUUUAUCACAAUUUUGGCCCUUAAUUUCCGUCCUGAAAUCAUUCGGGGUAAGUUUUGGUUUGUAAUUUUUUUUUUUUUUUUGGGGCCUUUCCUCCUGUAAGUAACUGUCAACAGAAAUCCAAGUUACUUGAAGAUCCACUUGUUAGUAGUUUUUGUUC